GUCAGUAACACCGAACGCACGUCGCGUUGCACCGCGUUACGCGUUCUUCUAUUUAAUUGCGUCAACAAACCUUAACUAUGUCCGAAACGGAAAGAUUGAUCGAACACGUGAAAUGUAGACGGUUUCUAUACGAUUUAAGUGAUCCGCUGUAUAAAGAUCGGCACAAACGAAUGGAAGCAUGGAAAGAAAUCUCGCGGUUAAUGGGCUCGGGCAGUGGUGCUGCGCAUAUUUGGAGCGCAAAAUGGAAGGGUUUGAAGGACAAUUACGCUAAAUUCAAGAAAACUUCGGAACCAGGUUUCGUGGAAGCGUACAAGAAAUACAAACACUGGCCUUGGGCGAAUAAAGUGAAGUUUUUAGACGACUGCGUCAGCACAACAUGUAGGAGGGCUUAUAAUUACACCCCAAAAGAAAUUCGGGAACCUAGUCCAGAGAACAAUGACACAAAAACCUCAGAAGACAAUCUACAAGAAGGAUCAAAUGAAUGUGAGGUUAAAAAGGAUUCUUUAGACGGUGUAGACCAUUUCUUCUUAAGUUACGCGGAGACUUUCAAAAAAUUACCUUCUCGUAUGCAAAUUAUGUUAAAAUUAGAAAUAGCUACGUUGUUUACGAGGUACGAGCUGCAAGCUGAAGGUAUGUCCAGCGAAUCUAUUGAAAACAUGCCACGAAUAGUGCCUCACCCUGUCAAAUAUGAGUUCGAAUUUGAAAAUAAUAUCAUGAAUGAGUAAAUUGAGACGAUGACAUUUUUUAUAAUGUCCGUUCGUUUAGUAACUAACCUACCUACUUGAUUAGUUUAAAAAUAUUUGAUAUAAAUCUUAAAUGUUAAGUUCUUUAUUUUUGCAGUAUCUAUAAUUUAGUAAUAACUGUGUAUUUUUUUUAUGGGAUAAGCCGGUAAACGAAUCCUCGGAUUACCUGGUGGUAAGCAAUCGGCGUCGCCCAUA